GCGCCUCUCGUCCCUCUCCCUCUGCGGACGGGGCACCAUGUCGGAAGCGGAGCAGCAGCUGGCGGCCGGCGCUACCCAGAACGGGCACGAAGCGGCCGAGAGCGCCGGGGAGCAGCAGGCCGAGAGCGGCGGGGCUCCGGCGGCGGCGGCGGCGGCGGGAGCGGCUGGAGCAGCCGGAACGGCGGCGGCGGCGGCGGGAGCCGGCCCAGCGGCGGGAACGGCGGGCACGGCCGCCAGCCAGAAUGGGGCCGAGGGCGAUCAGAUCAACGCCAGCAAGAACGAGGAGGAUGCGGGGAAGAUGUUUGUUGGUGGCCUCAGUUGGGAUACAAGCAAAAAAGACUUGAAAGAUUACUUCACCAAAUUUGGUGAGGUAACCGACUGUACGAUAAAGAUGGACCCUAACACAGGAAGAUCCAGAGGUUUUGGAUUUAUUCUCUUCAAAGAACCUGGGAGUGUUGAAAAGGUUCUGGAACAGAAAGAACACAGACUAGAUGGACGACUAAUUGAUCCCAAGAAGGCCAUGGCAAUGAAAAAGGAUCCAGUGAAGAAAAUAUUUGUUGGUGGACUAAACCCAGAAGCCACAGAAGAGAAAAUCAGGGAAUACUUUGGAGAGUUCGGAGAGAUUGAAGCAAUUGAACUGCCAAUGGAUCCAAAGACCAACAAAAGGAGGGGGUUUGUGUUCAUCACUUUCAAGGAAGAGGAUCCAGUGAAGAAGGUUUUGGAGAAGAAAUUCCAUAACGUCAGUGGAAGCAAGUGUGAGAUUAAAGUAGCACAGCCAAAAGAAGUGUACCAGCAGCAACAGUUCAGUAGUGGUGGAGGAAGAGGUAGCUAUGGAGGAAGAGGCAGAGGUGGAAGAGGCGGCGCUCAAAGUCAAAAUUGGAAUCAAGGUUAUGGCAAUUACUGGAACCAGGGUUAUGGGAAUCAAGGAUACGGCUAUCAGCAAGGUUAUGGUGGCUAUGGAGGCUAUGAUUAUUCAGGAUAUGGGUAUUAUGGAUAUGGACCAGGCUAUGAUUACAGUCAAGGCAGUGCAAAUUAUGGGAAGACACCAAGACGUGGUGGUCAUCAGAAUAACUACAAGCCAUAUUGAUCAAACUUAUUCAGGCCUGGCAGUGGUCACAGUUGAUGCCUACAAGCACUGGAUAUUCCACAAGUUGAAGACGGAAUACUGACUUGUUUACCUGAAGAUAAUAGGACUUCGGGGUAUUUCCUCAGAGAAAAUAUAAAUUUUAAUAUAAUUUCAUAAGCUUUGGAGGUUAGCUUGUCUUGUAGCUUCAGUGAUAUCAAACUUCUUUAAGUAGGAGCUAGAUAGAAAGCUGUUUAGUUUUUGCCAGCGUAUGUAAAACAAGACUUUUCUAUCUGCAUUGUAGAUUGUUUGUGGACACUUCCAGAUUCUUGUGCUUUCUGCAGUCAUUCUGGGGACUGAACUCUCAUUGAUAUUGAAAGAAGUUCCAUGAACACAACAUGUACAGGAAUUUGAGUGUAGAAGCCCACAGCGUGGUUUGGAAUAGUGAACUGCUUUUAGUUUGGAGAUGACUGGGGGAGAUGGGAAGAGCAACUGUACAUUAAGGGAACAAUUACAGAUCUUCCUGAUGACAUCAAUGAGAGAUUUGCCUUCAACCUUUCACAGAAGAUUUUUUAGCUUUAAUUUGGGAUAUUAAAGGGGUUUUUCAAAAGCACUAAAGGCCAGUGGAAGCUCAUUAGCUGCUCCUUAUGCCUUUAAAAACCCCUACACCAAAAGUGAUAGCUGAGAACAUGAAAUGGAAGUAAAUAAAAUGCAUUUUCAUUGCUGUUUUGAGUUACAUAAUUGUUGUUUCUUGAUUUGUUAGUUGAUCUGAAUUUAACAUGUAAUCUUUUUGGUGACCAAGGAAAUGGUGAGUAACUGGUAGAGAUGCCACAUACAGCCACAAAGCCAGUGAUGUGUAGGUGCAGUCCCUGAGCAGCCAACAGGUAACAAAUCCACUGCCUACAGCCCUGAGGCUUUGUCACCUCUCCUGAGCUUGGUGAACAUUUCAGCAUUGACCAGUGCAGAGCACAGGCUCCCCCUGACUCUGGGGAUAAGCUCAAGGACACCCAGACCCUGGUCACAGAUGAGAACUCACAUACACCAGACAUCACCCUACCUAUGUGGAGCACAAAGCACAUUCCCACUGUUCUUCAGAAUACUGGAGCAAGACCUCCUGCACUAGGUCAGCUUGUACAGGACAGGUUGGACAGUCACAUCCCUCUCUCAAGCCCUCUCUGGCAAUAGCUGCAGUAAGAGUGGUGAUGAAGCAAGAAUCUUAACAGAAGUUUGGAUCUACUUAGUGCACCCUUCUGUAUUCUCUAAGAUCAAGGCCACAAAGAGCCAUAAUAUUACUUGAUAAUUGAUAAAUAUGCUUGAUAUUAUGGUCAGGCUCCUAAUUUCACUUAAAACUCCUAUGCAGAGCCCAGCAACUUGGUUUGAGCAAAGUAUUCCAUCCAGACAUAAUCUAUUAAAUCAAAAGGGCAUAAAAGUGAUGGCAAUUACAUCACUGAUCUGAUUAGGAUUAACCAGUUUCACAUAUAAAAAUCCACAGCUUACUUUUUUAAGUUUGUAUGGCUUCAACUUCUACCCAUUGGAUGAGUGUUUGUAUCCUUCUCUGUUCAGUUUUAAAACUUGUUAAUACAAAGUAUCUCCUCCCUGUAAAGGAAUCUGGUUGCUUCUUGAUCUUCAUUGUAAGCUGAACAGACUCGGCCGUAAGCCAUCUUCUUCCUCUUUGAAAUAUUUUUUAUGGCUCUCUGCUGCACAAUUGCUGUUUUUUCAACAUCUUAAGAAAUGUUGAACCGUGGAAUAGUUUGCAAUUUUAAUUGAUCCCACAGUGGUAUAUGCAGAUAUCAAAAUAAUAAAGAUGUUACUCAUUACCCUGCUCUGCAUGAGAUGUGCAUGAGAAGAGAUAGUUUAACAAAAGAGACUGAAAAGGUAAAGAAAAAUAAGACAAGAAGAGAGUGUAGAGUUAGUUUACAGUUAAAAUCAUGUAAACCAAGAAGAAAUAAAAAGCAAAUGAACCCCACAAACCAAGACAAUUAAAUACUCCAAACUCCCAACUUCUGGGAACCCCAAGAGCAACAUUAUGUUCUCUGUUGUUUAAGAAGGGGCUUAAGCAGAGCCUUCCCUGUCCUGCAACUCCCUGCACUGAAAGUAUUGCCAAGAUUUUCUGUUUUGAAAUUCUGCAGCAGAGGCUUCCUGGGGAAUUUGUGUUCCACAGUAACAAAGUGCUCUCACAUCUUCAGGCACAGACCCCAGAGCAGGACCCAGAGGUGCUUCCUCUUGAGGAAAAGUUUCUCUUGAUUGUAGAGGAAAUAACCACAGGCAGUCAAGGUUGUUCUGUUUAGCCCCAGAGUUGCUGUUUCCGUCACACCCACAGCAGGUAGCAAUGGAUGGAGCUUGGCUUUGUUUCCUGUGCAGGUUGCAAAUCCUUCUGUGUGACCAGACAGUAGACAGCAGCUUCUUCCAUUUUUAGGGCUGCAUCCUUCUUUUCUUUGUUUUCAGCCAGUUUUUUUCACCCUUUUAAUGUGCAUAUACAAUGCAAAUAUGAAGUUAAGAGCCAAAUCAGGACAGGGAUUUUGCCCUCCUUCAUGCAGUAAGGCACACGAGGCUGGCUCAGUACUGUUAGUUCACACUGCAGCAUGAGCAGGGAGCACUGUUCAUCCCCAGCUACUCUCAUUGGUACCUUUAGCAAAUCCUGGUGUUACCACGCAAUGGUGUGGGUUUGGGAGCUUUACAUUAUUUUCCAAGUCCAUCAGUAUCAGAAUCCAGUAUAAAAAAAGGUCAAUAUAUUACUGUCAAAAGUUUUUUUUUCCUUUUUUUAUACAAAAAUUAAAAAGAUCAAAAUAUAUCACAUUAUUUACAUAUUGUGCUUCAUGCUUAGAGAUCACUGAAAAAGAACACACAAACAAACAUUUUAAUCAGAAAAAUGCUCCAUUAAUUACACUUACAAAUCUUACUGUUAAUACUAUAAGGAUUGGCAUUCAGAUUUCUUUUAAUAUUAACAGUAUAUUCAAACAAAUUACACAGAAUUAAAGCCUUUGAUACACCAAGGGUCUGCUCACAUUCUAACUGAGGGUGUACAACCAGUUAGUGACAUGCUGUUAACUCCAGCUGUGUCUUACAGCUGGGUUUAUCAUUCCACUCAGCUUCAGUGUCAUACUCUUGUUGGAGAAUGAGGAUUCUCCUACAAGUCUGCAUCAAAUCUUCAUCUCCAGGAGGACAUGUCUCUCCUCAUUCACUUCCAACCCCUGGCUGCUCUGGGUGCACAAGGUGCUGCAAACUACCUGAUCACCUGUACCCAGGGUGCUGAUCUGAGCACUGAAGCAGUGCACUGGUUGUGAGUUAUAAUUGCAAUGGCAGAAGAGUCUUUGUUAGAAAAGAAAUGUUUGGAACUCUGCACAAAGAGACAACACACUGCUAACUUAGCUGGGAGGGUAUGGACUCAGUAAGUCACACAAGCAUGUGGUGCAGCCUUUCCCUGGGUGGUUCUUAAGCUUCCUUGGCCAUAAUAAAAGCCCAAGCAAGCCUGUAAAAAGGCAUUCUACUGACAGUGUUAACAAUGAUUUUCAUGCUUAGCAAAUUUUUGGUGUUCCCAGCACCAGUCUAGAGCUAAGGGGAACAAGACCUGAAGCUGCUGGAAUUCUGCUCUCCCAAGGCCUAAUGUCAUGUCUGCCAGGCCUGUGAGCUGCUGCCUAAAGCAUGUGUGGCACUGCAAACAGUCACCAUGCAGGGAGCAAAAUUACUCAGGACCUGUUCAAGGACAUACAAUUAUUAAUGAUACUGUACCUUGUGCCAACAUCCUGCUACUGGCAGUCCGUCUGGUCCCUGCAAAAUUGAAUUUACAAAUUCAGCUUUCCUGACAGUGUCAGACCCAAAACCUGAAGUUCAUUUGUCACAACAAUGAAAGGCUUAGCAGCACUGUUAAUUACCAUGCAAAACCCAUUUACUGUAUAUGCACAAAAAUAAAUAUGCAGGCAAUGUAAUCCAUGUGUCAUGCACGACAUGAAAUUAAAUACACCUCAGGGUAAAAAAAUAUAAAAGUGGAAAUCUACACUUUUUUUCCUUUAAACAAAGAAAACGUGUACAAAUAAAAAGAUUUGAAAUCACAGUUCAUUAACUUCAUAAUCUGCUUUAUAAGGUAGUGUUUUUUGCAGUCAAACAUAUAUAUGGAAAGCAUGAUGUGGGAAUGUAUCUUUUGUUAAAAUGUGCUUUUCUGUUUGGGGGAGGUGAUACACGUAUUUUUUUCCUAGAUGAUAUCCUAAUUGUGUUAAAUUUGAUCCUGCAGUACUUAGUUUCUUUAAGAAAUCUUGAGUUACUGAAUUGAGAAUAGGAUGAGUUGUGGACUAUGCAAAGGGAGUGAAAAUAUUUGUGUUGUUCCACUGGAGAUACAAGAAACAUACAAAAAUCAGAAAGCCAGAAGAGCUCCCACUGACCAGGAGGAGAACACUGGAAAGGAAGGAGCCCCUUAGAAGAGGAACGAGCUAUGUAUGACCAGCUCUCUCAAGACACUUCAGAAGAAAUUAUUUCAGCUGCCUUUCCUGAUGCUGGAUUUUUUUAAGGCUUUUGGAUCUCCAAUUACAUGAAUUUCUGCAUGUAGAGCCACAGAGAGCACACAGGCACUGACCCUCAGAGCCACCUCCAGACUCUCUAGGGGGUGGGAAGAUGUGGAUGCAGCAGAGAGAACUGCUAGUGCAAAUACAGGUCAAAAUACAAUUUAACAUUUUUUACUGUAAAUGUUAGUCAUCACAUUUUUUGUAUUCUGUAUUGAUUUUAUAUGUAAAAUAGCCUAUGCCCAAUAAAACAGAUGCAGUG